GCGCCGGACGCGCUGAACCCAGAGCCAUGAGCCCCCAGAUCCUGCUGCUGCUGACCGUGCUCACCCCAGGCCUGGCCACCUCCCAGCAGCGACUCAAGAUGCCCUGUAAGAUGGUGGCCAAUGAGGCCUUGUGCCAGAACCUGGGUCUGCUGCAGGUGCCUGCCCUGGUGAAGUCCGACAUCCAGGCCCUCGACCUGUCUGCAAACCAGCUGCAGAGUGUCCUGGUCGCGCCCCUGGGCCUCUACAAGGAACUCCGCCGUCUGGACCUGAGCGCCAACGAGAUCAGCUUCCUGCAGCCAGGCGUCUUCCAGGCCCUUCCCCAGCUGGAGCACCUCAACCUGGCUCACAACCGCCUGGCGGCAGGUACCACACUCAACACCACCGGGAGCCUGAGUCCCCUGCCGCUCGUGACCUCCCUCGACCUGUCUGGGAACAGCUUGUACAGCGACCUGCUGGAGCAGCUGCUGGGUGAGGCGCCGCGCCUGCGUAGCCUCUCGCUAGCCGAGAACAGCCUCACGCACCUGGGCCGCCACACCUUCCGAGGGCUGCCGGCACUGGAGCACCUGGACCUGCACAGCAACGUGCUGAUGGACAUCGAGGAUGGUGCCUUCGAGGCCCUGCCCCGCCUGACCCACCUCAACCUCUCCAGGAAUUCCCUCACCUGCAUCUCCGACUUCAGCCUGCAGCAGCUGCGGGUGCUGGACCUGAGCUGUAACAGCAUCGAGGUCUUCCAGACAGCGGCCACUCAGCCCCCGGCCGAGUACCAGCUCGCCUGGCUGGACCUGCGCGAAAACAGGCUGCUCCAGCUCCCUGACCUGGCCGCGCUCCCCAGACUCAUCUACCUGAACAUGUCCAACAACCUCAUCCGGUUCCCGGCAAGCUCGCCCCAAGGUGGUGAGGACGGUGACGGCCCAGGCCCUGUAACAGUACCUUCCCGGCCCCUGGAAGCUCCCAGCAGCAGUGGCAGCUGGAACACUAGCAGCCAGCCCCUCUCCCAGCUCCUGAAUUUGGAUCUGAGCUACAAUGAGAUCGAGCUGGUGCCCCUCUCCUUCCUGGAGCACCUGACUUCCCUACGCUUCCUUAACCUCAGCCGCAACUGCCUGCAGGCUUUCGAGGCACAGCACACGGGUGCCCUGCCCUGCCUGGUGCUCCUGGACCUCAGUCACAACGCACUGCAGGCACUGCACCUGGGCACCAAGGCCUUGGGCUCCCUGCGGACGCUGCUGCUGCAGGAUAAUGCCCUGCGGGACCUGUCCCCACACACCUUUGCUGGCUUGGCCAGCUUGCAGAGGCUCAACCUGCAAGGUAACCGGGUCAGCCCUUGCGGGGGAACAGGGGAGCCCACACCCCCGGGCUGCGUAGGCUUCUCUGGCCUCUCCUCCCUACGCGUGCUGAACCUGGUGGAUAACGGAAUGGAGGUGCUCAGGGCGGGGGCCUUCCUGCGCACUCCGCUCAAGGAGCUGGACCUGUCUGGCAACCCUGGGCUGGAGGUGGCCACGGGGGCCCUGGCGGGCCUCGAGGCUUCCUUGGAGGUCCUGGCACUUCAGGGCAAUGAGCUGGCCGUCCUACAGGUGGACCUGCCCUGCUUCAGCUGCCUCAAGCGGCUGAAUCUGGCCGGGAACCGUCUCAGCCACCUGCCUGCCUGGACACAAGCCGUUUCGCUGGAGGUGCUGGACCUGAGGAAUAACAGCUUCAGCCUCCUGCCAGGCAGUGCCAUGGGUGGCCUGGAGACCAGCCUGCGGCGCCUCUACCUGCAGGGCAACCCACUCAGCUGCUGUGGCAAUGGCUGGCUGGCUGCACAGCUACACCGAGGGCGCGUGGACGUUGACGCCACACGGGGCCUCACCUGCCGCUUUGGCUCCCAGGAGGAAGUGUCCCUGAGCCACGUGCGUCCCGAGGACUGCGAGAAAGGAGGGCUCAAGAAUGUCAACCUCAUCCUCCUCCUCACCUUCACACUGGUUUCCGCCGUCCUGCUCACCACGCUGGCCACCUGCUGCUGCAUGCGUAGGCAGAAGUUUCACCAACAAUACAAAGCCUAGGGAAGCCUGAGAACCUUCCAGACCAAUGGGUAGGGGAGCCCAGGGGCCCAGGGGGUGACUGACUUCAGGUCCCAAAGGGAGGCUGACGUGCAAGGACCCUGACAUCUGACCCCCACCCCGAGCUCCUUUCCAUAGGACCCAUUGUGUCAGCCCAUGAUCCACAUAGGAUUCAGCAUGGCACGCCAGAAGAUGGGUGGUCAGGGGUGACAGAAUAAAGCUGACCCCUCAGAUCUACACAUCUUCAGCGAACACCCGUGUCCUCCCACACUCUGCUCCAGGCACUGAGGACAUCAGGAAAACAUGUCUGUGUCCUCCAGGCUCCUCUGGGAGGGGGACACUGCCGUGCGACCACGGCUCUGCUGCAUUCCCCCACUGCCACCAUGCCCUGCCACCCCAGGCUGGUGCUGUGCCCAGACAAGGGAGCCAGGAGGGUAUGCAUGACAUGUUUCCUGGCAGACUGUUUGUCACAUCUGCUGAUAAUGACUGUUAGCCUCUGGCAAAUGCAGAACUGGAGCCUGGGAGUUGGUCCUGGAUCCAGGGCUGGGAGGCCAGGAGCUGUGGUAGCUCCCACAGGAUCUGCUUAACAGCUGGCAGCCCCCUGGGCUUGGCCAAGCCCCCUGGUCAUUCUCUUCCUGCUGUCACCCCCACCCCAUACACUCUCCAGGUGCACACCCCAUCCCCAAGGCCCGUGGGUUCCCUUGCUGCAUCCUGGCCCUGCUCUGGCUGCUGGCUGCCACUGUUUCAUGCCCACCUUGGAAGCCUGGGUGCAGGGCCCAGCCUUGGGCCUGCCAGCCUCAGGGACAGAGGUGUUUAUCCUCAUCUCAUGGAAGAGGAAACUCGGGCUCCCAAGAUCCCCCCACUGUAUUCCCCCAGCUGAGCCCCGGGGAGCUGAGCCUCGGGUCCCUCUUUCUGUCCCUGCAACCCAUACUAGGUUGCUGCAAGGGCCGGAGGCUGCUGAGGGCACAGAAAGUGGCCCAUGGUACCCCGACAGGGCCCAAGCACCUGUGCUGUCCAUGCCCUGUCUUCCUUCACUGCCUCAGUUUCCCCUCUCCCUCCCUUGCAGGCUGGUGUGGGUUCUUCUUCCUCUUCUUGCCCUGGCCUAACAUCCUUUCCUGUCCCUCCACUGAGCUUCAUGCGGGGAUUGGUACUCAUCAGUCCGAAUUCCCCACUGCACAGAACGGAAAACUGAGGCUUCACAAGGGUGGGAGUGGUUCUGUUGCUAACCCUGCAGGGUUUAUUUUUCCCUCUAGACAAAGCCCAUGCAGAUAAUCCCAGGCCUCCCUGCUGGGGAAUCAGGGGCCAUCUGUGAAGAAGGGGAGCACUAGGCCCAGCCAUCCCAUGUGGUGUCCAUCCUCUUCCUCAAGCCCCUGCCUGGCCCAAGCUGGGACCCUGACAGGUGCUCAGUGAUGGGUGAGGAAAUAAAAAUGCCACCUCUGCGCCCCAUUGUACAGAUGGGAGAACUGAGGUCUCUGCCAUGGGUAGAGCCUGAUGUCCUGCCCCAGCCUGGGUCCUGAUGAGGAGACCACAGUCAUGGGCACUAUU